AUGAAACCGAAAAAGACCGUGGAAUCGGACGAGGAAAUGAUCGCGGAAACGAAACUGCAUCAGGUUACCGAGAAGAAAAAGCAAUUGACCUAUUCGAUUAGUUGCGAUAACACGAAAAGCGAGGACACUUGCGUUUCCGAAAACCUGCGACCCCACGUGGAAGGCGCCGGCGCGGGCCAAGACGCGGCGGACGACCAGGACCGGCCGCUGGAGGAGCCGCUGCCGUUGGACGGCCGCCAGUGCGCGUCCGGCGAGACGGCGUUGGAGCGACGGCACCGCGCGAACGUCUUGGAGGCCCUUGUCCUGCUCCGUGUGGCCGCGCAAAAGAAAGUCCGGCAGCUGCGCGCCGACUGCCGCUGCGACUGUAUACCGGCCGCCGAGCGCAAGUACCUCGCGAACCGGUUCGCGGAGACGACGGACCGGGUGGACGAGUGCAUUGUCCAGAUGAUCCGUUCCCGGCGGUUGGGCGGCGGCGCCGCGACCGGGCAUUCCUCGCUGACGAUCGCCGGCAUGUACGCCAGCGUGUACCGGCUUGAAAACCGGUACAACAUGGACCGGCAGCGGUACAUCGACGCACUGCCGGUGACCGGGUCCGGUAACCGGCGUAACUGCGGGCUGUUCAACGGCUGUAAGGACAUCAUGCGUUUCUUGUGCCGCGACAAAAGCACCAAGGAGGAUAAAAAAUGA